UUUUGUGUCUCUAUUCCUCUAUUCCAUAGUAUCACUUCCCCUUCUCGAAAUUUCAUUCGUUCUCCCACUUGCGAGCGGUUUUCUUUCAAACAUCCUCCAAUAAAGUAUACUUCAGCGCUAAGCAAAGCAACGUGACCUCAGUCAGAUUGUGGUUUUUUUCGUGUGUACAAUACAUCCUGAAAGUUUACAAAUGGCUACGUUAAGACAAUACACGAGGGAAUUAUUACGACGAUUCAUCAAGUUUGAGAUGAAGAGCGACAGAGCGACAUUAGAUACGUUGGCCGCGGAUAUCGGGGAACAAGAUUUAUUGUCACCUCGCCUAUACUCGGACAUUCCAGGACCUAAGCCGAUCCCUUUGUUGGGUAACACCUGGCGCUUUCUACCUUACCUAGGAAACUUCGAUAUACAGGCAGUAGACAAAUUGUCAAAGACAUUGCGCGAGCAGUAUGGAGACAUCGUGAAGAUAGAAGGGCUCUUGGGCAGACCGGAUAUGGUAUUUGUAUACGAUGCGAAUGAAAUCGAGCGCAUCUUCCGGCGGGAAGAAAAAAUGCCUCAUCGACCUUCCAUGCCAUCGCUCGAUUACUACAAACAUGUAUUGCGAAAAGAUUUCUUUCAGGACAACCCCGGUGUCAUUGCCGUCCACGGUGACAGCUGGUAUAAUUUUCGGAGCAAGGUACAGCAAGUGAUGCUGCAGCCGCGGACCGCGAAGAUGUAUAUCGGCGCGAUCGAGGAAGCGAGUGCGGCAUUUCUUCGCAGAAUAGCGAGAAUACGAGAUAAGAAGCACGAGGUACCUAAUGACUUUCUUAACGAAUUGCACAAGUGGUCCUUAGAAUCAAUUGCACGGGUCGCAUUGGACGUGCGUUUAGGUUGCUUGGACGACGACGCGGACGCGGAAACACAGAGGCUCAUAGACGCGUUGAUCACUUUUUUCAAAAACGUGCCCGUGCUUGAAUUAAAGAUACCUUUUUGGAAAAUUUUUAAUACACCUACGUGGCACCAAUAUGUAAAUGCUUUAGAUACUAUUGUGAGUACAAUAUCGAAAUAUACAUCUGCCGCUCUAUCGAGAGCCAAAAUCAAUGUGGAUUCGGACAAAGAACUAUCUCUUUUGGAAAGAGUUCUAGCUCUCGAAGGCGAUACAAAAGUAGCCUCUAUUCUCGCUUUAGAUUUGUUCUUGGUUGGCGUUGAUACGACCUCGACUACAGUAGCCUCGGUACUGUAUCAAUUAGCGUUACAUCCAGAAAAACAGGUGUUAGCGUAUGAAGAAAUCUGUAAAACUCUCCCGCAAAUAGACGCACCUCUCGAAGCGAUAAAUAUAGAUAAUUUAAAAUACUUAAGAGCGUGCAUAAAAGAAACUUUAAGAAUGUAUCCAGUUGUCAUAGGCAACGGACGAAGUACGACUUCGGAUACUAUAAUUGGCGGCUACCACGUGCCGAAAGGAGUGCAUGUGGUAUUUCAACACUAUGUCAUUAGCAAUCUGGAGAAGUACUUUCCCCGGUGUCACGAGUUUCUUCCGGAACGGUGGUUGCGCGAAGACGAAGUCCGUCACGGAUUCGCGUCACUUCCUUUUGGUUAUGGCAGACGAAUGUGUCUUGGGCGACGAUUUGCUGAGCUCGAAAUAAUUAUAGUCAUUAGCAAGAUUCUGCAAUUUUAUAAAGUAGAAUAUCACUAUGAAAAAUUGGAAUAUUAUGUCAAUCCGAUGUAUACGCCGAAAGGACCGUUGAAGCUGAGAUUUAUCGAGAGAUAAUUUUUGCGGGAAAUAGAGAUAUUAUAUAAUUAAUGAUUGCAUAUCAUUAAUGUUUAAUUUCUAACUGCAUUUUACGUGCAAAUAGAUAAUUUCAUACAAAAUGUAUUUUAAUGUAAUUCGAUAUUACCAUGCAUUUUUCGAUAAUAAAUAUAAAUCUUAAAA